AUGUUCCAAGAUGCCCAUUCCUACAUCUCUAGAUGCGACUCAUGCCAGCGACAAGGGAAUAUCAGUAAACGGAAUGAGAUGCCUAAGAACUUCAUCUUGGAGGUUGAAGUAUUCGAUUGUUGGGGAAUCGACUUCAUGAGACCAUUCCCACCAUCCUUCAAGAACGAGUACAUCUUGGUAGCAGUUGACUACGUUUCUAAGUGGGUGGAAGCAAUUGUCAGUCCCACAAAUGACGCAAGGAUGGUAACUAAGAUGUUCAAAACCAUCAUCUUUCCAAAAUUUGGGGUACCACGCGUAGUCAUCAGUGAUGGGGGUAGUCACUUCAUCAACAAGAUCUAUGCAGGUCUAUUGAAGAAGAACGGCGUGCAACACAAGGUAGCCACGCCAUAUCACCCUCAAACUAGUGGGCAAGUGGAAGUUUCAAAAAGAGAGAUCAAGAGCAUCCUGCAAAAAACAGUUAACACAAGUUGCAAGGAUUGGUCGCUCAAGCUAGACAACGCUCUCUGGGCUUACAGAACAGCUUACAAAACACCAAUCGGGACUACUCCUUACAAUCUGGUGUACGGUAAUGCUUGUCACAUGCCGGUUGAGUUGGAGUAUAAGGCAGUUUGGGCUGUGAAACUACUCAACUUCGACAUCCAACCAGCAGCAGAGAGACGAUCCAUGCAGAUUCACGAACUGGAGGAAAUUAGGCAUCUCGCCUAUGAAAGCUCUAAGAUCUACAAGGAGAGAACUAUGGCUUACCAUGACAAGAGGAUCAUCAACCUCAACUUUCAACCUAAGGAUCAGGUGCUCCUGUUCAACUCAAGGUUACGAUUGUUCCCUGGAAAGCUGCGAUCUAGAUGGUCCGGACCAUUCACCAUUAAAGAGGUCCGCCCCCACACAGCUGUUGUGUUGCUGAACACAAAAGGGGAAGAAAUUGUUGUCAAUGGUCAACACAUAAAGCCAUACCUUGCUGAGACAACAAUCGCAGAGGGUGAAGAAAUUCCCCUAAGCGAUCCUUCCUUAGCCUAA